UGGUGGGAGGUUGAGAUAUCUAUAUUCACCGAAUCAAAUUACUUUGCAAUCGAUGUGGGCAUGGUACAGAACAAUAAUAUGAGAGCAAAUGAGAAUUUGAAGAAAGAAGGGUCACAACCUCUGUCACCCCUGUCACUGUACUCCGGUUGUGUUAUGGAUCUGUAUUAUCGUAUCAGCUAAUCAAAACAAUUAUGCUUAUGAAUAAACCAUUUGACUUUUUAAUAUACCGUUUUUGAUACUCAUAAUCGAAAGCCUAUUUAACUUAAGCAGGAUACGGCAGGACAUAAACCUGAUUAUUAUUGCCAUGGGAAACAUGGGAAUAUUACAGAUUCUUCAAAUCCAGUCUACACUACGUUUAUUUUACACUACGCUAACCUUUAUUUACAUAAUGCAUGACGUUCAUAGGCAGCGUGAUAGGAUUGAUUGUCGCGAGAUUGUGCGAGGGUAUAGGUUCAGUAAACAUGGCGACGUCUAAUUUGCUCAAGAACAAAGGCUCCCUCCAAUUUGAAGACAAGUGGGACCUGAUGCGCCCAAUCGUCCUGAAGUUGCUCCGACAGGAGUGCGUUACCAAACAGCAGUGGUUUGACCUUUUCUCAGACGUUCAUGCAGUAUGUCUUUGGGACGACAAGGGUCCAGCCAAGAUCCACCAAGCCCUGAAAGAAGACAUUUUAGAUUUCAUCAAGCAGGCACAAGCGCGAGUGCUGAGUCACCAGGACGACACGGCCCUGCUCAAGGCCUACAUCGUGGAGUGGAGGAAGUUCUUCACCCAGUGCGACAUCCUGCCCAAGCCCUUCUGCCAGCUGGAGAUCACUCUGAUGGGGAAGCAGGGGAGCAACAAGAAGUCCAACGUGGAGGACAGCAUCGUCAGGAAGCUCAUGCUGGACACCUGGAACGAGUCGAUAUUCUCCAACAUCAAGAACAGGCUGCAGGACAGCGCCAUGAAGCUGGUCCACGCCGAGAGGCUUGGUGAGGCCUUCGACUCUCAGCUGGUCAUCGGGGUCAGAGAAUCCUACGUGAACCUUUGCUCCAACCCGGAUGACAAGCUGCAGAUCUACAGGGACAACUUUGAGAAGGCCUACAUGGACUCCACCGAGAGGUUUUACAGAACACAGGCACCUUCAUACCUCCAGCAGAAUGGAGUCCAGAACUAUAUGAAAUACGCAGACGCCAAGUUGCGUGAGGAGGAGAAGCGAGCGCUGCGCUACCUGGAGACGAGGCGAGAGUGCAGCUCCGUGCAGGCGCUCAUGGAGUGCUGUGUCAACGCUCUGGUGACGUCGUUCAAGGAGACCAUCUUGGCAGAGUGUCCAGGCAUGAUCAAACGAAACGAGACAGAGAGUGAGUACGGCCGGAGCACUCCAGCCAAAGGCACAGCCAGCUCAGAGCUGCAUCUGAUGUUCUCGCUCAUGGACAAGGUUCCCAGUGGGAUCGAGCCCAUGCUGAAGGAUCUGGAGGAUCACAUCAUGAACGCCGGCCUGGCAGACAUGGUGGCCUCUGCGGAAACUAUCACCACGGACUCUGAGAAAUACGUGGAGCAGCUCCUGACUUUGUUCAACCGCUUCAGUAAACUGGUGAAAGAGGCUUUCCAGGACGACCCCCGCUUCUUAACAGCCAGGGACAAGGCGUACAAAGCGGUUGUGAACGAUGCCACCAUUUUUAAACUUGAACUGCCCUUGAAGCAAAAAGGGCGGGUCAGUGUGGGUCUGAAGACCCAGCCGGAGUCUAAAUGUCCAGAGCUUCUGGCAAACUACUGUGACAUGCUCCUGAGAAAAACCCCUCUGAGCAAGAAGCUGACUUCCGAGGAGAUUGAGGCCAAACUGAAGGAAGUUCUGCUGGUGCUGAAGUACGUCCAGAACAAAGACGUGUUCAUGCGCUACCACAAAGCCCACCUGACCAGACGUCUCAUCUUGGACAUCUCGGCCGACAACGAGAUCGAAGAGAACAUGGUGGAGUGGCUCAGGGAAGUUGGGAUGCCUGCAGACUAUGUAAACAAGCUGGCCAGGAUGUUCCAGGACAUCAAAGUGUCGGAAGAUCUCAACCAGUCUUUCAAAGAGAUGCAUAAACACAACAAGUUGGCGUUGCCAGCCGACUCGGUGAACAUAAAGAUCCUGAACGCCGGGGCGUGGUCGCGGAGUUCGGAGAAGGUGUUUGUGUCUCUGCCCACGGAGCUGGAGGACCUGAUCCCUGAGGUGGAGGACUUCUACAAGAAGAACCACAGCGGACGCAAGCUGCACUGGCACCACCUCAUGUCCAACGGCAUCAUCACCUUCAAGAACGAGAUGGGACAGUACGACCUAGAGGUCACCACCUUUCAGCUGGCCGUGCUGUUCGCCUGGAACCAGCGUCCCCGGGAGAGAAUCAGCUUCGAGAACCUGAAACUGGCCACGGAACUUCCUGACGCCGAGCUGAGACGCACGCUCUGGUCCUUAGUGGCAUUUCCUAAACUGAAGCGGCAGGUGCUAUCAUACGACCCCAUCGUGGGUUCACCCAAAGACUUCUCAGAGGGCACGCUAUUCUACGUCAACCAGGAGUUCUCACUCAUAAAAAACUCCAAGGUCCAGAAGAGAGGGAAGAUCAACCUGAUUGGCCGACUCCAGCUCACCACUGAGCGAAUGAGAGAGGAGGAGAACGAGGGAAUUGUCCAGCUCAGGAUAUUAAGAACUCAGGAGGCCAUCAUCCAGAUCAUGAAGAUGAGGAAACGCAUCAGCAACGCCCAGCUGCAGACGGAGCUGGUGGAGAUCCUGAAGAACAUGUUCCUGCCUCAGAAGAAGAUGAUUAAGGAGCAGAUGGAGUGGCUCAUCGAGCACAAGUACAUCAAGCGAGACGAGACGGACAUCAACACCUUCAUCUACAUGGCGUAGCGAAGCACUCUGGGAUGUUGCUCGCGGCGACAGCGGUCAACCUGGGUGGGAGGGGGAGGGGUCAUGCCUGACGGACAAUUUAAACAUGACCAGGCCCCCGCCGCCCCCCCCCCCCCCCGCACCCCUCGCACCUCCCCACCUUCCUCCCUUUUCUCGUGUGGGGAUAAACCCUUGAAUUAUUGACCUGAGAAUCGCAGGCUUAUUAAAAAAAAAAAAAAAAAAAAAAAA